AUGGCCGCCGCCGCCUCGUCUCCCGCCGCCGCGGGGGCUCCCGGGGCGCCCACCGCUCCGGCGGCCGCGGCGCCGCCUCCCACCGAGAGCAAGAAGAUCAGCGACCUGCGCGUCAUCGACCUCAAGUCGGAGCUGAAGCGGCGUAACUUGGACGUCACCGGCGUGAAGACCGUGCUCAUCUCCCGGCUCAAGCAGGCCAUCGAAGAGGAGGGAGGUGAUCCGGAUAACAUUGAAAUAACUGUUUCUGCUGACACACCUACCAAGAAGCCAGCUAAAGGCAAAGGUAAAAAGCAGGAGGCUGAUGAAUCAACUGGUGAUGCUUCGGUUGAAGAUGAUUCCUUUGUCAAGGAAAGUGAAUUGGAGACUCAAGAUACAAGCGAUCAAGAUGGAAAUGAUGAAGUGAAGGACUUUAAAGAAUCUGCUGAAGACGAGAACUUGAACUCUAAAGAACUCCCCUCUGCAGAAAAGAAAAAAUACCUCAACGUGGAGCCAGCAGAGACAACAGAAGAUGUAGAAAAGGAUUCUGAAAAUCAGGAAAAUGAAGGUCAAGACAUGGAGGAUUACACUUUUCCAAGUGUCCACGAUGGUGAAGAUGAGGAAAAUGAGAAAGAUAAAGCAGGUUCUGGUGAUGGUACACAAGAAGUAUCUAAACCUCUUCCUUCAGAAGAAAGCCUAGCUGAGGCUGAUCACACGGCUCACGAAGAGAUGGAAGCUAACACGUCUGUGAAAGAAGCUGAGGAUGAUAACAUAUCGGUUACAAUCCAGGCUGAAGAUGCCAUCACUCUGGAUUUUGAUGGUGAUGACCUCCUAGAAACAGGUAAAAAUGUGAAAAUUACAGAUUCUGAAGCAAGUAAGCCAAAGGAUGGGCAGGAUGCCAUUUCACAGAGCCUGGAGAAGGAAAGCAAGGACUAUGAGAUGACUGAGAACCAUAAAGAUGGUAAGAAGGAAGACUGCGUGAAGGGUGAUCCUGUCAAGAAGGAAGCCAGAGAAGGUUCAAAGAAAGCAGAAUCUGGAGACAAAGAAAAGGAUACUUUGAAGAAAGGUCCCUCGUCUACUGGGGCCUCUGGUCAAGCAAAGAGCUCUACUAAGGAAUCUAAAGAAAGCAAGACAACGUCAAAGGAUGAUAAAGUUUCAGGAAGUGGAAGCAGUGCUAGUGGUAGCAGUGGAAGUUCAACUAGAAACCUGUGGGUUAGCGGACUCUCUUCCAACACAAAAGCUGCUGACUUGAAAAAUCUCUUUGGAAAAUAUGGAAAGGUACUUGGUGCAAAGGUGGUCACAAACGCACGAAGUCCGGGGGCAAAAUGUUACGGCAUAGUAACCAUGUCUUCUAGUACAGAAGUGGCCAGAUGUAUCGCCCACCUUCAUCGGACAGAGCUGCACGGACAACAAAUUUCUGUUGAGAAAGUGAAAGGCGAUCCCUCCAAAAAGGAGCUGAAGAAGGAAAGCGAUGAGAAAUCCAGCUCCAGUAGAAGCACAGGAGAUAAGAAAACCACAUCAAGUGAUAAAACCAGCAAAACACCGUCAACCAAAAAAGAAGAGAAGAAAUCUGAGAAAUCUGAAAAAAAAGAAAGUAAAGAAGCCAAGAAAACAGAAGGUAAAGAUGAGAAGAGUGAUAAUGGAGCAAGUGGCCCUAAUCAAGAAUCCACUAAAAAAACUGAAGAAAAGAAAAGAAUAAGUGGUAAAAGCCCAGGUCAUGUUGUAGUUCUUGACCAAACAAAAGGAGACCAAGGCCACUCUAGGACAGUGAGAAGGGGAAGGUUUGAGAAACCACAGAUAUUGAGGAACAAAGAGCGUAUUAUUCAAGAUAAAGUGAAAUUCAGGGAAUACAGGGGUAGAAAGGAUAUCUUGCCUUUUGAAAAGAUGAAGGAACAGAGAUUGCGAGAACACAUGGUUCGAUUGGAAAGAAUACGACGAGCUGUUGAACUCCGAAGGAGAAGAGAAAUUGCUGAGAGGGAACGUCGGGAGAGAGAACGUAUACGAAUAAUGCACGAACGAGAAGAAUGCUUGCAGAGAGAAAGGGAACGAUUAGAAAUUGAAAGGCAAAAGCUAGAGAGGGAAAGGAUGGAACGAGAGCGUUUGGAAAGAGAGCGUGUUCGUAUUGAACAGGAACGUCGAAAAGAAGCAGAGCGUAUUGCUCGUGAAAGGGAGGAACUUCGUCGACAACAACAACAGCUUCGCUAUGAACAGGAAAAGAGGAACGCUUUGAAACGUCCACGUGAUGUAGAUCACAGGAGAGAUGAUCCUUACUGGAGUGAGAGUAAGAAGAUGGCUCUUGAUACAGAUGCACGUUUUAGUCAUAGUUCAGAUUACAGCCGCCAGCCGAACAGAUUUAAUGAUUUUGAUCACAGAGAACGGGGGCGAUAUCCAGAAGGUUCUGUUCCAUCGUCGUCUUUUGACAGGCGAGAACGAUUUGUAAAUCAAGGUGAAGCAAAAAAGACUCGCCCAACAGCACGAAGAGAAGAACCAGGGUUUGAGAGAUACCCAAAGAAUUUCAGUGACUCCCGAAGAAAUGAGCCGCCACCACCAAGAGGUGAACUUCGAGAUACAGACAGACGGGAAGUGCGAGGAGACAGAGAUGAAAGAAGAACAGUGAUCAUUCAUGACAGACCUGAAAUACCACACGGUCGACAUCCAAGAGAGACUGGUUCAAAUCCACCUAGGCAAACAAAUUGGAAGAACGAGGGAAGCAUAAGCACAGACAAACGUGAUGGCAGCAACUUUUACAGAGGUGAGAGGCCAGAUCGGUCAGGAAGAGAAGUGUCUGGACAUGUAAGAGGUGCACCUCCUGGGAGCCGAAGCAGCGCUUCUGGGUAUGGAAGCAGGGAAGGAGAACGAGGAGUGAUGGGAGAACGAGGUGGUGGAGGACAACACUACAAUGAAGACAGACAUGUUGUUGAACGGCACAGUCGUGAAACUGGACCAAGGAAAGAGUGGCAUGGACCUAGUUCUCAAGGAAGUGGGUAUCAUGAUGCAAGGAGAAUGGGAGAUGGCCGUGGAGGAAGUGGCAUGAUGUCUCCACACACGAGUAACUCGUCACCAAUAAAUAGAGUUGUACAGAUCACAGGGAAUUCCAUGCAGAGGGGCAGUGGCUCAGGAUUUAAGCCAUUUAAAGGUGGACCUCCACGAAGAUUCUAAGAUCUACAGCUGCUUGGUUUCAAGAUAACUUAUUGAAAUUUCUUGUAAACUUUCUCUGAUUAAAAACAGGAAAUCUUGUCCAGAACUCCUGAUUAAAUUUUUUUAAUUUAACAUGCUUACUUUCCUCUCAAUUUUGGAGGCAUUUUAAUAGUUACGUUGUAAUUUUGGAUAGUUUUUGUGUAUCUUUGAUAAGCAUUUUCCCUGAGGCACUAGAGCUGUAUAAAGACAAAUUGGAACCAAAAUAUUUGUUAAUCUUGUAUAAAAGAAUGGGUUGCAGCUGUGUGCUAGUUUGAUUUACCAGCAUUAGCUCUGUGGUGUCAUGCUUUAAAGUUGGCUCCUUCUCACAACAUACACAGCUAUAACCUCCGUUUUGAAGGUUGUCCAGGCUAUUCUCUCUGCUUUCUAAUUUGUAGAGAAAUAAGAUUGUUCUUUCAUUACUGGGUAUUAUGUAACCUAUUUUUGCAGAAGGUACUGUUACAUUGAGUGCAUUUAUGUGUAUUCUUGCAAAUGUAUUCUUUUGAAAUAAACCUUCAUAUUCUGUA